CCUGAUUGUGAGUGAUUGUGAGUCGUGAGUCCUGAUUUUGUUUUUGUUGCCCGAUUUCAUUGCGAUUUUUGUUGUCUGUCGAUUUUGAGCCAGGAAAAGUGACCCCUUUUAUGUCAUAUUAUUGAAAUCCGCGACGGUGUUGAGUGAAAACCGGCUUCUCGCUUCAUCAUUGAACUAAUCUCGAACAAGUUGCACGCGUUUCCAGGCUGUGAAGUACUUUUUUUAGUGAAAAUCGUCGAAACGAAAAAUGUCUCAAUGCUGUGCCGGCGUUUUGAGAACGAAUUUGUGCACCACCAGCCUGAACUUCACAAUUUCGAGACAUUUCGGACGGAUUGUGAAAAGAUUUCCACUCUAUCCCGACGACAAACCAAUUGAAUCCAUCCCUGAGUAUGCGUAUGGAAAACCGAACAAGGACAAACGGCAACUGUUUGCCUGGGGCCUGAGCGAGCACGGUGGCCUGGGCAUCCUCAGGCAGUUCAGGAAAGGGUCAAGAAGUCGUCAGACGGCCCCAAAAUACCUUCACAGGCCAUGCAGGGCUCAAUUCGGAGACUUGAAUAGGGUGACUGAUGUUGCGUGUGGUUUUGGAUUCACACUGUUCUCCGUUUGUACGAAUAGCAGUUUAAAAGUCUACGGCUCGGGCAUAAACACAGACUCUCAAUUAGGUUACCAGUGCCAAAGAAAAGAGGCGCCCCUCGAGCUGCUUUUGUCUCCAGUUCCGAUCCGCCUCCCCAUCGAAGCGAAGGAGCACGUGGCCGUUGUGGCCGCCGGCAGGGCGCACUCGCUCGUCCUGGUGGAGAAGGAAAAGGGCAAGGGCGGUCGCGUCCUCGCCUUUGGCAACAACUCGUACGGCCAGUGCGGACGCGCCGUGGAGGAGGGUGAGCAGUACCUGGGCAGCCACAGGGUCAACUGCAUCGACGGGGUGGGCGACGCGGCCGUCAGAAGCGUCUCCUGCGGACAAGACCACAGCCUCUUCAUCAACGCAAAGGGCGAGCUCUUCGCCUGCGGGUGGGGAGACGACGGACAGACUGGACAGAGCGCCCCUGGCAAGCUCGGACGACCUUCCAAGGUCAAAGGAGCCUUGGAAGGGGUCGACGUCCUCAAGGCUGUCAGCUCGGGCGACUGCAACUUGGCAAUUAAUGAUUCUGGUGAUCUCUUUGGCUGGGGCAACUCUGAAUAUGGCCAACUUCUGCAACCCAACACAACCCAAGUUUAUUCACCAAUAAAAUUGGACUUGCAAGAAGUAGGACCGGUUAUCGAUGUUGCUGCCGGAGGAUCGUUUUGCGCCGUUUUAAAUGAAAAGAAUCAGAUCUGGGUUUGGGGCUUUGGCUUGCUGGGACUUGGGCCCAAAGUCGUACAGAUUGGUAAGCCGCAGAUGAUUCCGGAGACUCUUCUCGGCCAGUCUGAUUUUGCCUGGAGAAAAACAAGGAUAACGUCAAUACAAGCUGGACUUUUUCACCUGGCAGCUGUUUCUGCCGAAGGAGACCUUUUCACUUGGGGUCGCAAUAAGGAGGGGUGUCUUGGCUUGGGUCACACCAGAGACCAGCCGUUUCCUUUAAGAGUCGCAAUUGGCGCAUCGGUCUUGAAGGUCUCUUGUGGAGUUGACCAUAUGGCCGCGGUCUGCAAACCCUUUUUCUGAUACAAUAUAAAUAAAAAAAUAGGCAAAUAAUAAAUUUAUUGAAGCAAAUAUAAUGAAGAACAAAUUUAAAAUUAUUUAAAUUU